AUCACUGCAGAUAGGCACCUCUUCUGUCGGAACGUGCACCUAUUAAGCUCAAGAUUGUAGGUGGCACGAUGAAUAGGUUAAGUUUGGUUUUUCAAAAAUUUGAACAAGCGAUUCAAACCAUUUUUGGCCGCGGUUUUCCUCCAGGGCCACUAUGUGCGGUCACGGACUGCCACGGUUUUCCGAGCGAAUUGAAAUCGACGAACCUCGGCAGACAGUCUCUAAAGGACAUUAUUGGGAAUGGCAUUGUGUGGGCGGUUCCGAAACGUCGCCGUAGCUUGGAAAGAAGGCUUAUGAGGAAAUUCGGAGUAAUGAAAUAUAAUUGGAAACCAUCUAUUGCAAAAACCAAUAUAUUAAUGUGCGUGAAUUGUGGUUAUCAUCACGAAGCUGGCCGUUUAUGCGGACAUUGCUACGAAAAAGUAAAGCUUGAGACUCAAGAAAUGCAAGACGCGAUUCAGGAAGGGUUGGGUCUAAACCCGGUAGAGAAGGAUGUAAUUGUGUUGUACGAAGGAGAAAGGAACUCUGAAACGGAAAAGUUUUGGAAGAACCAAAGAAUAGUCGAGUUGCCGAAGAAAAGGCCUUCGUGGUUUCAUCAAAACUUAUUGGAGCCAACAACGCAGGAGCCAUCGGACAAAAAGGAUGUUAAACCUACUCAUCUUGCGUAAAAUAUUCUGCAGGGCCCUUUUUAACCUGGUUUGCUGCCCAAGCAAGACAUCCUUAGUCUGAGACAACCGAAUUUCGUGCUGCUU